UCUACCGGUUAUAGAAGAAUGGUGGGGAAAUUAAAAGGCAAAACAAAGCAAAGAAAGGCACUAGCCGUACAACAACUAAAGUAGUAACGUCAGUGUCAGUGGCCUUAAAAAUAACAAGAAGCACAUGAUAUUGACAGUUCAAAGUGACAGUGUUCUUCCGAACAUUAUAAAGAAAAACACAAACUUCUCUUAUUAACAAGUGUAAAGUAAAUUUGCCGCGAAAAUGUCGUCGCCAACACAAGUGUUAAGGAGCAUUGGCCCAAAAUUAGUUCCAUUUUUAAAGAGUAUUUCUGUUUAUUUUGUGAUAAUGGCUGAACAACCUUCACUGCUGACUGCCUGUUUCAAAUGUCUGCCAAUAAUAAGUCUAAUUGUUUUCGUUCUUUUGCACGGAAUUAGCCUCUCCAAAGAAUAUACUUUCUCAAGGCGAAUUCUAACAGGACUUGUGUUCAGUUGCAUCGGCGAUGCUUUCCUUGUGUGGCCAAAUCUUUUUACAGCUGGAAUGGCUAUGUUCUCCGUUGCUCAAAUUAUGUAUAUUAUUGCUUUCGGAUUUACACCACUUAAACCUACUGUAGGUGCAGUUCUAUAUGCAGGAGGUGCUCUAGUCACAUACAUUCUAAUGCCAGGGUUGAGUGGAAUUUUAGCAAUAGGAGUUCCAUUUUACAUAAUGCUCUUAACAACAAUGGCAUGGCGAGCUAUUGCCAGAGUUCAAUUCUUUGAUGACUUAUGGACUUGGACGAAGUUAUGCAGCUGUGCUGGUAGCAUUUGUUUUCUAAUGUCGGACACCUUACUAGGUUUCAAUUACUUUUACAGUCCGAUCCCCUAUUCUCGGAUUUCAAUCAUGUUGACAUAUUACGCAGCUCAAUUAGGAAUUGCAUUGAGUGCCGUUGAAUCAAAAGAGAAUAAUAAGCCAAGCGAAGUUCAACGAUGAGCUAAUUAACAUUUUUUUCCGGAAAAAAUACUUUUUCAAGAAAAUUUGAAAUUUUUCUAUCUAUAGAAAAGAAUUUCUUUUGAUAUUUUUGAGUAAAUUCGGUGAUAUCCAAUUUACGACAGAAACAAUACGUUAUACCUCUUGUACAAAAAAAAUAGCUAGAUAUAUAUUUUUAGAAUUACUUUUAGACCUAAUCGAUUGCUAUUAUUUCGAUUAAUAUUCUCAUAUUUUAUAUAUUAUCACUUUUCUCCAGUGAAAAUAUUUUU